GUUCAGUUUUCUAAACGCGCUCAGUGUGAAUUAGACUGUUACAGAAAUGAUGCGAUCAAGUCAAACCGUUCAUUCCUUUCUUCUUGUGUUUCUUGGUAUGUUACUGAGUGGGGUUAUUUAUCUGGGCUACACCUCCACUUGGGAAAGAAAUGGAGAGCAAAGAAUGUGCAUCAACUGGACAGAAGGCUACGUAGGAGUCACUGAUUUAAUCACAGCUGUAUCAGAAAAAAGAAGGACAAGUCCCAUCUGUGCAAACAUGCAAAAGGACUUGAAUUUGCAGUUACCACAAGGGGUUUUUUACGAACAGCCAAGUGUGGUGCGCCCAGAAGGAAUUGUUACCUUGACGCCAUGGUUGGCCCCAAUUGUAUGGGAAGGAACUUUUGAUCCCAAGCUAAUUGAUCCUAUCUACAAACAGCAAAACAUCACUAUAGCAACUACAGUCUUCGCUCUUGGAAAAUACACACAGUUUCUCAGAACUUUCCUGGAGUCGGCAGAAAAGCAUUACUUUGUUGGAUUUCGUGUGCUUUACUAUGUGUUUACCGAUAACCCAGAAGAGGUUCCUCUAGUAACUCUCGGUGCAGAACAUUAUUUAACAGUGUUUAAAGUCCCCAGUUUAAACAGAUGGCAGGACAUUACAUUGGGUAGGAUGGGGAAGCUGGAGAUGCUGAUUGAGAAGCGAUUGGCCUAUGAAGCAGACUACGUUUUCAGCCUGGACGUGGAUACGAAGUUUCGUGGCCACUGGGGGGUGGAGUCUUUGGGUCGGCUUGUAGGCGUCAUACAUCCUGGUUACUAUGAAACACCACGUGACAAAUUCCCAUAUGAGCGUCGAGCUAAAUCUCAGGCAUAUAUUCCCUCUGCAGAAGGUGAUUAUUAUUAUGGUGGAGCUGUGAUCGGUGGCUUAGUUAAAGACGUAUAUAUGCUGGCUAAAACGUGCAGGGAACAGUUAGAAAUUGAUGCGGCUAAAUCCAUCGAGGCGGUAUGGCAGGAGGAAUCUCAUUUGAACAAAUACUUCCUUUAUAACAAACCCACUAAGCUGCUAUCACCCGAGUAUCUGUGGCAGGAUUUCAAAUCGAAAACAAAGGAUGUGAAAAUCAUUCGAUUCUCUCAGGUUAAUAAAAACUAUGCUGCUGUUCGUUCAAACCGGUAGCCGGUAUUAAUCGAACAUUCACACCGUUAUGCACUUUAUUUGAAGAUGGUUUUGGUAUUAGAACGUGUCAGGCAUGUUAACAUCUUUGAUGUAAUUGUGAAUUACCAUGAUCUGUUUGCUACCUCUGCUCAGUUCUUAAAUAGACUCCUAUAGCACCAUGCGCCACAAGAAACUUUUCUUGGACGGUAAACAACAGGCAAAUGAUAAAAUUGGCCCGUGAAUGUCACCAAAUAAAACAGAAUACAACUGGUCGCCCCUGAACCCGUUCAGAUUGAACUCAGACCGGGGAUGAAUCUGUUAUGGGAGUCGACUGCACAACAAGAAGGCCAUGGCCUCUAGCAUCAGACGCUGGAGGAUCUCUUGAGAUCGAGGAGUGAGGUUUACACACUGUACAGCUUUUAUAUACUAGCUGAUCUACAAGAGUGUUAAAGAGGCCAUGGCACAAGAUUUUUUUAAGAUGUCAAAUAAAUCGUUGGUGUCCCCAGAGCACAUAUGUGAAGUUUUAGCUCAAAAUACCAUAUAAAUAAUUUAUUAUAGCAUGUUAAAAUUGCCACUUUGUAGGGUGUAUCCUUUAAAAUGCAAAUGAGCUGAUGAAAUUCAAACACUGAUCACAAUGAUAAUGGUUUGUUGCAAUUAAAACUCAACUGUGCUUUUCUCUGCACUAAAUGGCAGUGCUGUGGUUGGAUAGUGCAGAUUAAGGGGUGGUAUUAUUAUAAUAAGAGCUCCUUAUGACAUCAUAAGGAGAGCCAAAUUUCAACAACCUAUUUUUUCAUGUGCUUGCAGAGAAUGGUUUACCAAAACUAAGUUACUGGGUUGAUCUUUUCACAUUUUCUAGGUUGAUAGAAGCACUGGGGACCCAAUCAUAGCACUUAAACAUGGGAAAAGUCAGAUUUUCAUGCCAUGGCCCCAUUUUGUAUUCAUAGAGAUAAUAUGCUACCAAAAAGUUUGUGAAUUUUAACUCCAACACUAGGAGUGUGGCUUUUUUAUUUCACAAUUACACAAAGUAAAGCUGUUGUAUGGUUUUAUAUAUUUUGCAUACAGUUUUUUUAGAUCAAGGUUUAUGUUUAAUCACCUACUGUAUGCCUCAUCGUAGUGUUUUAAUACUGAAUUGAAUAAAAUACUCUCUAUGCAAACAAACGGGACUCGGCUCUAAAUAAAA